AUGCGGGGGUUGGUGGCGAAGGAGGCCAUCCCUGCGGGCGAGGUUAUUGGCGACUACCUCGGCCACAUCCAGUUGUUUGGCCCACCGUGCAAGAAUGGACCUGUGAAUGAAGGCUUUCGCAUGCAUCUGAAGACGCGCACUACCGGAAACAAGCAUGUGGGUAUUGACGCCUUGGAAUGCGGUGGCAAGUUGCGGCUGAUGAAUCAUGCUUGUGAUCCCAGUGCACGCUUCCACGAAGUGCAGACUGGCUCGAAGCUAAGUGUUGUCGCCGUCACGAUUCGGGACGUGAAGGCAGGUGAGCAGGUGACCGUUUCAUACGGGAACAAACUGUGGUUUGUAUGCCGCUGCGGUUGGGAGGGUUGCCAACACCGUGACAUCCAGCAUCUUCCUGACGUGAAAGUCCGACCAGGGCCUGCCCGACGUCAAAGUGUUGAGGCGUGA